UUAACGCAUCCAGUGGAAAUGACAAACCAGAGGCGCUCCACGGGCCAAGCAUGUCCAGUAAUAACAAUAAGCAUGGGCUUUAGCAUCAUCGGCUCAUCCGGCUCUCACAUCCCGAGAGAGUAACGAGGCUCAUUUGGGCCGUUUCGUCGCUCUGCGGACGCGUCAAAGUUGGAGCGAGCUCACCGAAUGGACGGUCGAUGGACUGGAGUCAAAUCUCCGCUUCAAUCGGACUGAAGGAAGGAGGGAAAGAAACCUCUGCAUGUUCAAGUUUCCUGCUCCCACCGGAGGGGCAUCGCUGCGUGUGUGUUGGAUGUGUGUGCGCGCGUGUGGAAGUGUGUGUUGGGUGCGUUGCGCCCUCAGGAACAGCGGCAGGAGCAGCGGUGGCGUUGGUGGUGGUGGCCGCGGGAAGGGAAGUUUAGCGCCGUGAUUUUUUUCUUUUUUUUUUUCUUUUCCUUUCCUCUGUUCUGUUGUGUUGUUCUCAUGUCACAGCAGGCGACGGGAGGAUUAACGUUUCACUGAUGAGAAUUAAUCACUCGUGGGGAUGCUCUGUGAUCGUGACUAUGACGAUGAUGUCGAGUAAGAGCGUGGAGUGGCUGCAGGAGGAGCUGGAGUCCGGGGCCAGCUCUCUGCUGUUGCUGGACUGCAGACCCCAUGAGCUGUACGAGUCCUCGCACAUCGAGUCGGCCAUCAACCUGGCCAUCCCGGGCCUUAUGCUCCGGAGGCUGAAAAAGGGGAACCUCCCCAUUCGCUCCAUCAUCCCCAACAACGAGGACAAGGAGAAAUUUGUAAAGAGGUGCAAGACGGACGUGGUGGUGCUGUACGACGAGGCGACCUCGGAGCGGCAGGAGUCCGGGCUGGGAAGCUCCGUGCUUGGGCUGCUCCUGCAGAAGCUCCGGGACGACGGGUGCAAGGCUUUUUAUCUAGAGGGUGGCUUCAACAAGUUCCAGUCAGAGUACCCAGAGCACUGCGAGACCAAUUUGGACUGCUCCUGUCCCAGCAGCUCCCCACCAGCCUCCGUCCUCGGUCUCGGAGGGCUCCGCAUCAGCUCAGACUGCUCAGAUGGGGAAUCGGACCGCGAGCCGGGCAGCGCCACAGAAUCGGAGGGCAGUCCGCUCCCCAACAACCAGCCAGCGUUCCCCGUCCAGAUCCUGCCCUACCUUUACCUGGGCUGUGCCAAAGACUCCGCCAACCUGGAUGUGCUCAGCAAGUACAAUAUCAAGUACAUCCUGAACGUGACGCCCAACCUGCCCAACAUGUUUGAACACGAAGGGGACUUCAAGUACAAACAGAUUCCCAUCUCCGAUCACUGGAGCCAAAACCUCUCUCAGUUUUUCCCUGAGGCCAUUUCUUUCAUAGACGAGGCGCGCUCCAAAAAGUGUGGCAUACUGGUCCACUGCCUGGCCGGGAUCAGCCGCUCCGUCACCGUCACCGUGGCUUACCUGAUGCAGAAGCUCAACCUGUCGCUCAAUGACGCCUACGACUUUGUGAAGCGGAAAAAGUCAAACAUUUCCCCGAACUUCAACUUCAUGGGCCAACUCCUUGACUUUGAGCGGACGCUAGGUCUCAACAGCCCCUGCGACAACCACUCAAACUCGCCGACGCACGACCAGCUCUUCUUCACCACCCCGACCAAUCACAACGUGUUUCAACUGGACACCCUAGAAUCCACAUGAAAACGAGAGUCUCAGUUUCAUGUGGAUCGCCCCCAUUGCAACUUACGAGGAUUUGGGGUGGGGGACAUGGUGGUAUGGUUACCAUGUCAGCAAGUGGCUGCACUGCAGGAGAGCAGCCAGUUUUAAUGAAUGUUUUAGCCUCUUGAGGCUCGUUGUCUGAGAUCCUGACCACGGAGCAGCGUUGACGUGACAGGAGGAGUCACGGAUGCCACGUUAAAGGGUUUUGGGGGGGGGGGUUUUCAACCCAGAGAAGGAUGCUGUGGGUUAACAAAGCCGUUCUCCCUUAUCAGCUUGUAAACGAAGAACAAGGGAGGUUUAACUUGACUGAGAAACUAAAUGAUUGCAGCAGGACAGAAAGCUUAAUACAAAGAUAGGAACACGGAAAAUCUUUAGCGCUUGAUUUAUAAGAUGACUGCAUCCUCCUUGUCUCGGCUCUCGAGCCGAGGUGACUGGUGCCAAGUGGAAAAGCUGGGAUUUACUCAUAGGAAAUCUCACUCUACUGAAUGUAGAGUUUUUAAAAACCAAGGAAUUAACUCUCUCACACACACACAAUAUAAACACAGUAUGUAUGUUUGUACUGUAUGUAUGUUAACGUACAUAGCAGAAAAAGUCCUUAACAAAUUCAGUAUGUCUAUAUGCAUUUUUGUAUAUUUUCUAUGUACAUUUACGCACAGAUCUAUACCUUAUAUAUAUAAAUAUAUUUAUCUCAAGCCAUAUAAAUAAUGGCUUAAGAGAUUGUAAAAUUAAAGUGGAAUGGGUUUUUAGAUGGGUUUUUUUCUUUAAGUUUUGUUUUUUCUUAAGGUUUAUGACCUAAUGCAGUUUGCACAGUGGUGUAGCCAUUGACUUUGUUGGCCUGUGCUGGAAGCAGUCAGAUAAAGAGACAUUCAGAGAAGAGGAGCGGAGAGGUCAGUCCCAGGCUGCGACGAGUCCUGACAGCUGCACGGCUCAGCGGGGAGGGAGCAAAAACUGGGCCCUGAGCAGAGGAGCAGGGAUAGGGGUUAAAACAAGCAGCAGGCUGGAAGUAGGGCACGGGGUUAGGAAUUGAUUCACGGCUGGAGAUGGGAGAAAUUACUCCUGCGUGUUUGACACUUGGCCAACUGUUUUCGAGCGCAUUUCCCAGUUCCUUCCUCCCCUAUAUGACUGUUCAUCCAGUUGUUUCAGUCAGCUGUUCUGAAGAUUUUAAUCAUUUGUUUCGUUUCGGUCAAAAAGUCGGUUUCGGUCAAAGUUCCUCAGUUAUUGAUUUCAUCAACACAGUUGUUCCACCAGCACGUUUUGCCAAAAAGGGUUACUAGAGGUUACGGAUCGGGGACAGGAAGUCAGUAUUAAUAUUUCUGGGUCACUGAGGUACUUUUUGGGCAGAUCAAAUGUAUAACCUGCACCCCAAAGUUUUGUUGGCCUAUGUUAGCUUCUUGUGUGUUUCAGGACCGAGGGUGGGGGGCUUUACCUUGGUCUCUGUGUUUGGAUUCUGGUCUGGUUGACUGGGACUGGCUUCCGCUAGACUUCACUUACUUCAGCAGUUUCACGUCCCUUAACAGCGUUGGAAGAAAUUGAGAGGAAAGGUCUUUCUAACAACUAAAAAAAGAAGGGAUCACUCGUUUUGUCAAAGAAAGCUUUGUCUGAGUUGAUUCACCCUUAAGCCUUGGGUAUAUUAUUAUAUGAAAGCUAUAUUAAACACAAAUGAAUAUUAAACAGAUCUUUAUUAUUUUGUAUACCAGAGCAUGCUGUGGUGCCGUAUGCUCUCUAACAGUAGACUCAACCACAGGCUGGACGUUGCUUUACCAGGUGGAAAGACAAAUAAUGAGGACUGUUUUAUUUAACUGCUGUUGCUGCUGAACGCAGCGGCGCACAGCAUGUAGUCAAAGCGUUUUCUGAGACAGCGUCCACAUCUGUAGCGCUUCAGCAAACCCGCGGUGAUUUUUGAGAAAGACUCCAAACAACACCACGCUAAUUGGACUUCUAGGUACACUGGGCCUCAUGAAAGAACAUUUUCUUCUUCGUCUUCUUAGUGCGCGAACGUGUUAUAAUUGCACAGCUGAGCCUUGUGAACACCACUUGUUAAUCAGAAAGUCUGCUCCUUAAAGUUGAAACACCCAAAGUUUACUUUUCUGUUCCAGCUUUCAUGCUCAAAUAUGUUCCUAGCAGAGGGUCACGCUGCGGAGAUUAAAGUCUUGCUGUCGGAAAUCAGCAGACAAAAAAAACAACAAAUAUAGCAAUGUCCGUAAUUACAAUCCCUGAGAAAAAAGAAGAGAAAUAACCCGCUAUUUGCAGCUGUAAUCAGAGAGCUGUAUGCUCCCAAAAAAACAAAAACACCCUGCUAAAGCAAAGCAGUCCAGGUGGUGUUCUGUGCCAGGUGUAACAGGGGAUAUGUUUAGCUUGACAGGGACCAGUAUAAAGAUGCUGAGGCAGCUGUUGUUAGGAAACAGUGACCCCAAAAAGCUGGAGGUCAUGUUCACAGUUUGCUCAUGUAUUGAACAGAAGUCUGAUUUUACAAAAUUGGAAAUGUUGUGAAACCUCACAAUCUGCAAACUGGUUGUUUUUCGUAUACUAGUGAAUAUGAAAAGAUGAAUACCAAGGAGAUAUGUGACCAGCUUUAGGGCUAAGUGGUAGAUGCUGAGGUUUGCUAUCGAUAGAGCACGCUGUCGGGUUAGAGUUAGAGAUCUCCUCAUACAAGCGGUUUUUGCACGAGGUCCAGUGUUCACAGCAAACUGCGGAAAUUAGUAUUCAAAGUCGGGAUGUGGACGUUUGUCUGAACAGAAACCACGAACGGGGUUUUCUGCGAGCACAGCGGGGGAAUCUGAAGAGGGUUGGUUUUAGCUGGCCUUAUAUAAUCUUUCUAACUUGUUUCUAAUGCUGACUGUUCAAUACUCUUUGUAUCUCACUUUGGAAAAAAAAACAUUGUGUGGAGAGAAGAAGAAAAAGUUUGUUAUCUGUUAUUGGAAUAAGAGCACGGUAAUAACAGGCUACAAGCUGUUUUUUUGCCGUAACGGGUCACACGAGGUCCUCUUUGUUACUCUGCAAUAUAUCAAAACACCUUUUUUUGCAGUAUUUUGUAGAUCCAAGACCUCAACAUUUUUAAAUUCUCUUCUUUUUGUACUAUAUCUAUUCUAUAUAAUUCCACAAGAUCCAGCUCGAUUUAUGGCUUAUGGACUGAAGUAACAUUUCUCCUGGGGUGUACAAAAUAUAGGGCCAGUGUGUCCAGUACAAACCUGAAAGACUUGCAGAUUUAAAGACACACACAUAUACACAGACUGCUCCACACAGACAGAGCUGUGGUUCAGCAUGCCAGUUAUGUUUCAUAAUAGGCCCUUACGCCAACCUGGCUUGAAUAAUUACGGUGAUUAAGGUGUUUUUCCUUCUUGGUUUUGAUAUAAUGUGCUCUAUGCUAUUCCUGUGGCCUUUCAAUAUGAAUAUACUUUAUAUAUAUAUGAGUUUAUAUGCAAAAGUUCCUCUCCUGGUAUAGCAUCAGAGAUGAGAAUACUACCACCAUGCUUGAAUGGACUUUCCUUGUCUGGAGUCAUAUCCCACAUACAAUAGGAAAAACACAGAGGACUUGAUCACUUGCACCCUGGGAUUGAAAUAUAUUUCAGAACAGAGCUUUUCUAUUUAAAAAGAAACAAUUGACUUCAAGCUGCUUUCUUGUGAUUUUUUUUUUUCUUUCUUUCUUUCGCGUGCGUGCGUGUGUCUUUGUAACAAUGAAAGAGAAAUUAAGUGUUUUUCUCUGUUUGUAAAUUUGCCAGAUCACGGGAACGGCCGUUUCUGUGUCCUUAAACUUGUAGCUACAUCUUGGUGAAAUUGUGCUCUGGAGAGAAAGGUGUGAAUGAGCGAGAGGAGGCGAGGAGCGAGGCGUGAAAUACAAAGCGAAAGAAAAAGUGAAUGAUUUAAAAAUGUUACCUCAGUGAGGAAAUUUUCAGGGAUUUUUUUGACAAUGCAUCUUGCAUCGUGUUACAGCUUCAAAGUCACGUUGAAUAGCUGUUUUGUAUUGUGCUGUAAACAGGUUUUUUUGGUUUUUUUUAAAAGAUGCAAUCUGUCUGUGUAUAAAAAGAAGGGGCGUGUUAACUGGGGCAGUUUCACCUUUCUGUCUACUGAAGGUAAUGCGAUUGACCCUAUGUAUUGUACAGUAUAUUGAAUCAACACAAGACAUGUUUAUACCGCAAAUAAAUAUUGAAAUAUUUUUUUUCUUUAA